CAGAUUUGCAUCAGGAUGUCUGCUCACAUCACAGGGUUUAAGAAGCAAGUGGAGAAGGCACCACUGAAUUCAGAGACGGCGCUGGCUGGGUGUACUGUUCCUAGGAUGGCUUGGGUCACCACACUACUGGUUUUGGUAGCCUGUUGGGCAGGUUCCAGCUACCAGUUAACUUUGACUCAGCCACUCACUAUGUCAGUGACUCCAGGAGAAACUGCCCAACUCGCAUGUGUUCUGAGCAGUGGAUACAGCAUCAGCAAUGCCUACAUACGCUGGUACCAGCAGAAGCAAGGGGAGAAACCAAGAUACCUGCUUUAUUACAAGGAUGACUCUACCCAGCAUAAAGGCUCUGGUGUCCCUGACCGGUUCACUGCCUCUAAAGACCCUUCCAGGAACGCCUGCUUUUUAACUAUCAGCAGGGCUCAAGCGGAGGACGAUGCUGAUUACUAUUGCUCAGACUGGGAUGACAGAACUAACCGGUAUGUCUUCGGUGGAGGAACCCAGCUGACCGUCCUUGGUCAGCCAAAGGCAUCUCCUACCGUGCACCUCUUCCCUCCAUCCUCGGAAGAGAUGAAAACAAAAAGCAAAGCCACACUGGUAUGUCUGCUGGGCAGCUUUUAUCCAGGGUCAGUCCAAGUCACCUGGAAAGCUGACGGCCAGCAGAUCUCCACUGGAGUGGAGACGACCAAGCCAUCCAAACAGAGUGACAAUAAGUUCAUGGCCAGCAGUUACCUGUCUCUGGAUGCAUCAAAGUGGAAGACUCAUGAGACCUACACCUGCCAGGUGACACACGAUGGGAAGAACUUUGAGAAGUCCCUGAAGAGCUCAGAGUGUUCUUAGUCCUCUGACCACAGGGGGCUCAGCUGGUUCCCAUGUCAGUCUGUAGGGGGUUCCCCAAGGGGGCCAGGAUCUGUCUGUAGCAUUCCCAUAAAGCAGAUUUCCAGCAAAACUCCUUCCUGUUUAAGAUGGGAGAUUUUACCAAUCCAUAUGACAUCUGUCUUUAUUCCCACAUCCCCCCACUGCUCUCACCCCCUGCAUUCCCUGGAAAUGUCCUUCCUGCUUUAGUCUCUGAUGCAGCCUUGUUAGGAUAUUAAUAAAAUCAGAAAAAUUUGACUAUCGCUGUGACUGUGAAGAGUUUAACUUCUGUCCCUUUUUCUCCUGAUGUAUUAAUUGUAGUAUACACAUAAUCUUCCAAUAAAAUAAACGUACCUUUUAUCAGCCAA